AUGGCUACGUGGAGGAGGUAUGGAGCAAUUCUCAGUAUUCUGAUUUUCGGCGGCAGUGCUGAAGUGCCGAAGGCAUCGCCACUUCCAACGAAUGGCACCAUGUUUACGCGAAGCAGGUCCCUAUACACACCCACACCGGAGGACAUGUUCGACUAUCACAAGGGGCUGUUCCCGCCUGACAUGGCAGAUGUCCUUUGCUUUGCUGUGGCCGCCGCAGGACUCAUCGUGGCUGCAAGUGGCGGCGUUGGUGGGGGUGGAAUCCUUGUACCAUUGUACAUGAUCUUCUUGCGCUUCCGGCCAAAGCACGCCGUGGCACUGUCAAACUUCACGAUUCUCGGAGGGGCCUUCGCCAACACUGCGUUGAACGCCCCGAAGUCCGAUGAGAAUGGCAGAGCGCUGAUAAACUGGGACAUCAUCGUGAUGAUGGAGCCUGCGACGCUCGCCGGGACCGUCCUAGGCUCCUUUGCCUCGAAGUAUCUUGCCGAUUUUGUGCUGAUGGGAUUUCUGGCCAUCGUGCUUGCGCUCUUAUCCUUCCGCACUCUGGACAAGGGACUGGAAAUGUUCCACCACGAGAAUGCGAAGGAUGCGGAGCUCCAGGCAGUGCCGCAGCACGAAGAUGUAGAUUUGCCGGAGGAGGUAAGCGAUGCCGACGACGAGCCAAAGGAGUCACGCAACCUCGUUGGUGACACACGCUUGCGUACGGUAGGGGCCGGGACACCCUGGGUGAAGGUCUGCUUGCUUGUCUGCUGUUUCCUGGGUUGCGUGGUCUUGACGGUGCUGAAAGGCGGCGGCCAUGGAUCCAUCGUAGGCGUUGCGUGUGGAUCUGGCAGCUUUUGGCUGCUCAGCUGGGCGCAGCUUCCUUGGGUGCUUGGCUUUGGCCUCAUCUUUAGGGACAUGCUGAUAAACGAAAACAUGGACAAGGAAGAGGAUGGCCAUGAGUUCGCGGCUACGGAGAUUCGCUGGACCUCAGCCACGACCAUCAGGUACCCGCUGCUUUGCAGUCUUGCGGGCGUCCUCGCAGGCCUCUUUGGUGUUGGAGGCGGCAUCAUCAAGGGGCCGUUGAUGCUGGAGCUUGGUGUUGCGCCGCAAGUUGCAUCAGCCACUGCAGCAGCGAUGAUCCUCUUCACCUCCAUGGCUACAGCGGUGUCCUUCCAGGUGUUUGGCCUGCUGGAGCCGAGCUACGGUUCCAUGUGCUUCAUGCUGGGUUUUGGCUGCACCCUGCUGGGGCACUACCUGGUUCACUCCUUUCUACAGGGGGCCAGGCGGCAGUCGCCGCCGGUGCUCUCCAUAGGGUGCGUAAUGGCCGUCUCCACGGCGGCACCCUCAGCAACUGCGACCAAGAGGAUAAACGUUAUGCGAUGGAGCAGAGAACAGUUGUCCUGCAUGGCCCAUACGCCCCAAUCCCCGAACCAGUCGGAGGCGAGUGUACACGUUGAUCAUUGUUUAUCCUUUGGUGAUGUGUUUUUUUAG